UAGUUUGCGGACUUUCACUCCUAUUUGGCUUGUUCGUUAAAAUAGCCAUAACCACAUGUAAACAUGUAACAAAGUUAGUCAAAGUUCUAAGCACUGAGCCGCUAAGCAACAUGCAGACUGACCAUUGGGGUGACCUGCCCAUGGACGAAGAAAGUGGCGCGCUUACGCCAGAUAAAUAUGUGCCAACGUCCGUCAAGAAAUUGAAGCUGGACGAAAUACAGCGCGCUGCGCAACUGCCAUAUGAAAGAAGCUUCAAAAUUCAGUUGAAAAGCUCGCUGAUUACACAAACAAUUGAGGUGAUGAAACAAACGGAGGUGCUUCAGUCACUCAUCGAUACUUAUUCGAAUAAAAAUGGUACGUCGAAUUAUCUCCUGAACCCUUGCCAAAUGAUACCGGAAGUUGAUUUUCCACCAGAAAAUGCCGCGGAUUUAGUCGGUGAGCAAAAAUUUCAGAAGCCUAUUUGGUUUAUACCCAGUGUGGAUACGGCAUACUCACGGGGCGAGCCACAAUCCUAUCCCGAAGUUUCCAGCAAUGUUUGCAGGUUCGCCUUGUACAAAGUAAUGUGUGGCUUGUUGCGUUUGGCUGGCUUCACAGACUGCUCAGAAUCAGCCAUUAUGCUGUUGACAGAUGCUGCCGAGGAAUUUCUGCGUAGCUUUACUUCUGUGUAUCGUGGUUUCUAUGAUGUGGAUUUAAAAUUACAAGCGUCUACAGUGCUGCAUCUCCUACCGCUCGAACAGGCCUAUACUGCACUGACUGGCACUUCACUAACCCAGGUGCACAACUACUAUAAGCAUAAAGUGAUAGCGCGCAAUCGCGCCGAAAUCGCCGAAUUCAAUAGUGUGCUUCAGGAUUACGACAAGCUUAUGAAAGAGAGCCAAAGUAGUAUGCAAAAGCACCAGGAGUUUAACGGCAACGGCAAUGAUUUUCUAAAUAUACUCGAAAUGCAACCCAGCGACGAUGGGAGCAGAAGUGGAGUUGGCAAUGGCGGCGGCAUUGGGCACAUUGUAGGCGAUAUGCUAAAAGAUUUGGGCGGAAGCAAUGCAACAAUGACAAUGGGAAAUAUGGUUGGUCAACAGCAAAUGUUGGGCAGCAGUACCUUGUACGGACUUCUCGAUGGCCAAAACCAAGUUUCAACCACACCAAGUUUGCAAGGCACAAGUGGGUAUCAGGCAAACUUCGAGUAAAACUAUAUAACUACAUAAAUAUUAUUGUUAAAUAGAUAUGUCAUAUUUCGUUUUA